ACAAUGGUGAGUGAACAUUCACGGGAUAGAGCGCGCUAUGACAAGCACAUAGUGAGAAGAGCCGGCAUGGAUAGUCUUGUUGCUCCGCUUGUUGCCCAGUAUCUUACGAUGGGCUACCAGUCAAAAGAGAAUGACCAGUGUGGAAAUGCGAGUUUAGGAACAAGCGGAAAGGAAAAAGAAAAUGCGCGCCUCUCCUCAGGAUGCCCCUCGGCCUCUAAGGUCGCCUCUCACCUGCGACCCCACCGCAACAGGCCCAGCUUGGCCCAGAUCACGCAGGUCAAGGUCAUGAUGUCCCUGGGCCAGUUCACCAAGGGAGCGAGCUGGGAGGAGCUGCUGCAGGCCUGUGUGCAGUCGUUCGAUGCGGAGGGGAGCCUGUGCAGAAGCAACCACUUGUUGCACAUCACCUUAACCAUGCACCGACUCCUCAUGUCCUCCCAUGACCUCCUGGAGAAACUCAUCACUCUUUUUCAAAGUGCUGUGGAGAAGGAAAGCCCAGUUGAGUGUCAGAAGAUCUGCUAUUUCAUCAGAUACUGGAUCAGGGAGUUUUGGACAAUGUUUCGAUUGCACAGUAGUCUAUCGGACACGAUAGAAAACUUCCGGGAUGUGAUGAGAGAACAGGGGCAGGGGAGAUUGUGUCCACUCCUGGAGACAAAAUGGCUAAAUGACAGGGACUGGUCGCGGAAGGCCAGUCAGAGGAUUAAGGCCAACAGCAGUAAGAAGAGAAAGGUGUCACUGCUCUUUGAUCACCUGGAACCCGAGGAGCUAGCAGAGCACCUGACGUACCUGGAGUUCAAGUCCUUCUGCAGGAUAUCAUUUGCAGAUUACCAGAACUACAUACGCACUGGCUGCAUGAAGGACAACCAGAUGAUGGAGCGCUCCAUUGCCCUCUGUAAUGGCAUCUCCCAGUGGGUCCAGCUCAUGGUCCUGAGCCGGCCCACAGCCCAACUCCGGGCUGAGGUCUUCACGAAAUUCAUCCAUGUUGCCCAGAACCUCCACCAAAUGCACAACUUUAACACACUAAUGGCGGUAGUGGGAGGCCUCUCUCACAGCUCUAUCUCCAGACUGAAGGACACCAGCUCACACGUACCCAACGAGGUCACCAAGGUGCUGAAUGAAAUGACGGAGCUGUUGUCUUCCUGUAGAAACUAUGACAACUACAGGCAGACAUAUAGCAAGUGCACUGGAUUUAAAAUCCCCAUCUUAGGGGUUCACCUCAAGGACCUCAUCUCUGUCAAUGAGGCUAUGUCCGACUACGUGGAUGACAGCAAGGUCAAUGUGCAGAAGCUACAGGCCCUUUAUAAUCACAUCAACGAACUGAUCCAGCUCCAGCAGACACCUCCACGCCUGGAUGCUAACAAAGACCUGGUCCACUUACUGACACUGUCUCUGGACCUGUACUAUACUGAGGAUGACAUCUAUGAGCUGUCCUAUGCCCGGGAGCCUAGGAACUGUAAGGCACCGCCUGCUACCCCCUCAAGGCCUCCAGUGGUUGUGGAUUGGGCCUCAGGCGUGGCUCCAAAACCAGACCCCAGAACCAUCAGCAAGCACGUUCAGAGAAUGGUGGACUCUGUGUUUAAGAAUUAUGACCAUGAUGAGAAUGGCUACAUCUCUCAAGAGGAAUUUGAGAAAAUCGCUGCUAGCUUUCCCUUCUCCUUCUGUGUGAUGGAUAAAGAGAAAGAGGGCCUGAUCAGCAGGGAUGAAAUCACUGCUUACUUCAUGAGAGCCAGCGUCAUCUGCUCCAAACUGGGCCUGGGCUUUGUCCACAACUUCCAGGAGACCACAUACAUGAAACCCACCUUCUGUGACAACUGCUCGGGAUUUUUGUGGGGUGUUAUUAAACAAGGCUACCGAUGCAAAGACUGCGGGAUGAACUGCCACAAGCUCUGCAAGGACCAGGUUGCUUUUGAGUGUAAGAAAAACACCAAGAGCAACAGCACCACAGAAAGCAGCCCCACGGCUAGCUCCACUCCCACCACCGCGGGUCCCCUCGGAUCCAGGAGCUACGAGCAGGGUUCAGAAGAGGGGCCAUUCACGUAUCCUGUUGAAGAUUCUACUGACAACAGUGACCGUGUAGACUGGCACCCCAUCUCUCCCGCCACCCCCAAUAUGAGACGCCCCGCCGACCUGCUGCAGCCCCUGGGGGUCCACAAGAGCACCCAGACCGAGUGGCCCCAGGGCCUGGAGUCCACCCCUGCUCAGAUCUCUCUCCUGACCCCGGGGCCCCCUGCCCUCACCCCUUGCCCCAGCCCCGUUCCUGUGCGCAAACGGGCCUAUGCUAAAUGGGAGAACAGGGCCUCCACGGUGCAGAAGCCCAAAGAGCCGGACGACCAGCCCAAGCCGACCUACGAGCAGCUGGAAAAGGAGAACCAGUCUCUGCAGAAGAGCAAGGAGAACCUGCACCGGAAGCUCCGAGAGGCUGAGAGGGAGGUGGAGAUCCUCCAGACCCUCCUGAAAAGACAUGCCCUGCAUCCUGUGGAGGAGGACUCCUCGUCUUAAUGAGGGCAUCCCCGCCUUCUGUACAGAUACACCCUUAGUGUCAUAGCUGGAGCUCCGCCCUCUCUCAUCCUCAGAGCCACUCACAGCAACGAUGGGCUGGAGCUCCACCCCCCUGAUUGGCUGAGCCACACACAGGAAGAGGUGCAGAGGCUCUGGGGUCGAUUAUUCCUGGUCACGUCAGCAGGGACAAGAGCUCCGUCCACAAAGGACGCUACCCCACAGGAAUAGUCUCUGUGGCUCUCCCCCAAAAACACCAGAGCGACUCAAAACUCGACAAAAUGGGUGCAAGAGCUCCACCCACAUCAAUGUACAGAAGUAUUUAUAUCAAGAGUGGCUGACGCUCCAUCAACGGGCACUUCUAUUCCUGUCCAGAGGAGAAAAAGCACACAGACCAGAGGGCCUGAAGAUCCUCCCAUAAUUAAAUCAGUCUUACAGAUGUACCACAUUGGGAACCAUUUUGGUGGAAGACUGUACUUGAGAUGGAGAGACAUUUGUACACAGCAGGCUUAGCUUCGUAUGACCUGAAAAGUGGUUCUGACAAUUCUGAAACCCGGAUUCAGUGUUGUGUCUGUGCCGUCUUGUCUUUGCAUAUGGAUAUGCAGAAACAUAAUUUGCCUAUUAUUUGUUUUAAUGUCGACUGAAGUACAUUCUGUAUGUUAGAUUGUUUUCUAGUGACUUUUACUUUAGAACACUACAGGAAUAAAGUUAUUGUAAAUAAAUGAAGUAUGACAUGUAUCAUGGCCAUCAAUUUUCAAGCAGAUCAUUAUUAGCGUUGAGGGUUAAUUAAUUAUGUUAGAUUAAAUUGUUACAUGAGAAUGAAAUCCCAGUCCAUGGGUACAUUUCUGUGUGAAGUGUGAAGCCUGUGUUAUAUCAAGUGACUUACAGCCAAUAAAGUCGUGAGAUUACAUUGUGAUAUCAAUUAUAGCCAAUUAAAAUUUAACUUGCCAAGCUUAUAAACAGUAUCUAAUCACAUUAAUGUAACAUCAUGUUCAAGUAAAGAUUACUGUACUUACCUGUGUAUAGCUAUAGGUAUAUUGGUUAAUGAAAUGUUUCAAAUGAAACUGAGUGUUCUAUCUUUGCUUUAUCUUUGGAAAUUCAAGACCCAUACCAGCCAAAAUGUGAGUAAAAACAUGAAUAGGUAUAAAUCAUCAUAAUCCUGUGGUAUGUAUAGUAUCGGCAUAUCCACCGGAUUGAAUAUCGAAAAGUUGCAGGUGCAUUGCAGUCUGCACUGUGCAUUGCAGACUGCUCGAGAGUAUUCUGUUGCAAUUCAUGCUGCACAGGUUAUGUGUAAAUCACUUCCUGUGGCAUGGGCUUCAUUCUGGUUUGCUAGUCAGCAGUGCACACAGAGGAGUAUUACUGAUACCUUCUGAUUAACAAGGGGCCUUAUUUACAAAAUGUACAUUUGUCUUAUGAUCAAACUGUAACUUGAACAGUGGCUUGUGUAGAAAACCAUGACUAAGCAGUUAUUUAUGAAAUCCCACUUUGACAUAUGAUAUGAUUGUAUCUCUUCGUAAACUGUACACAAGAUUACCUGCAGGUUAUAUGGAGGUAUUGCGCAUAGCCAGCAGGCCGUGUCUGAAUCUGUGCUAUGUGGACUGUGUGCACACUUUAAGAAUAGCAUUUCAUUGAUAAUCUAUUUUAAGCAUGAGGAAUGCAAUGACACGCAACUUUAUUUUGAACAAAAUGGCUGUUAUUGGCCACAUUGACAAUACAGGGUAAUUGUAAAGCACAUUCACUUCAGUUCUAAUUGAAGUUCAUUUUCGGUCUUGGUUAUUUUUAUAAAUGAAGUGUAAGCACAACUUGGGAAAUUAUUUUAAGAUGAUAUUUAUAUUUAAUUCCAAGAGCAUUUUUAUAAAUGAGGCCCCAGGUAUUCUCACUGUGCUCCACAAACCAUUGGUGCCAGUAACGGCACGUUAAUGACCAGCGUCUAACCGUGAAAUCUGAUUGUGAACUAUGUGUAUGUACCAUUAAUAAUGUAAUAUACCAUUAAAAUACAUUGUGAAUAUG